AAAAGGAAAAGGAAAAGGAAAAGGAAAAGUCUUGGCACCUGCUUCAUCUGACCAGACAAACACAAACCUGACAAGCUUGAAGGAUGGGAGCAUCUUAUGGAAAGAAGAAAACAAGCAUCUGCUACCUGUCCUUCCCUGACUCCAACUCAGGUUGCCUAGGCGACACGCAGUUCUGCUUCCGCUUCCGCCAGGGCUCCAACAGGAAGUCGUCGCUCGGCUGCUUCCUGGAAACCGCUGACCGAGACGCUCCGCUCUGCCUGAAGAGGGACCAGGGCCAUUACUAUGGCUAUGUGUAUUUCCGUCAGGUGCGGGACAAGUCUCUGAAGAGAGGAUACUUCCAGAAGUCCCUGGUGCUGAUCAGCCGGCUGCCCUACGUCACGUUCUUCCACUCUCUGCUGAAGAUUCUGGCUCCAGAGUAUUUUGAGAAGCAGGAGCCGUGUCUGGAGGCCGCUUGCAACGACAUCGACCGCUGGCCGACGCCCCAUCCCGGACGCAUCCUCACGCUGCCCAUCAUGGGCGUGGUCAUCAAGGUUCGAAUCCCGACCUGCUACGACAAGCCAGGAACCUCACAGCUGGUCCAGUCUGCACAGAGCGACAGCCUGGUGUCCAUCGUCCUGCCCACCAUCCACGAGGUGGACCUCUUCAGGUGUUUCUACCCCGUCUUCUUCCACAUCCAGAUGCUGUGGGAGUUGGUGUUGCUAGGGGAGGCCCUGGUCGUCAUGGCGCCGUCGCCCGCCGAGUCGUCCGAUACCGUGCUGGCAUUGGUCAGCUGUAUCUCUCCUCUGCGGUACUGCAGUGACUUCCGGCCGUACUUCACCAUCCACGACAGCGAGUUUAAGGAGUACACCACCAGGACGCAGGCCCCGCCGUCAGUCAUCCUGGGAGUGACCAACCCGUUCUUCGCUAAAACGCUGCAGCACUGGCCGCACAUCAUCCGCAUCGGAGACAUGAAGCAAGCAGGUGAGAUGGCGAAGCAAAUGAAAGUGAAGAAACUGAAGAACCUCAAAACUCUGGACUCUAAACCUGGUGUGUACAGUGCAUACAAGCCCUAUCUCAACAAAGAUGAAGACAUCAUCAAACAGCUUCAGAAGGGCGUUCAACAGAAGAGACCCUCCGCGGCCCAGAAUGCAAUUCUCCGGCGCUACUUCCUGGAACUGACGCAGAGCUUCAUCAUUCCACUGGAGCGGUACGUGGCCAGUCUGAUGCCCCUGCAGAAGUCCAUCAGCCCGUGGAAGAGCCCUCCUCAGCUCAGGCCCUUCGUCCAGCAGGACUUCAUGAAGACGCUGGAGAAGGCCGGACCUCAGCUGACGUCCAGGCUGAAAGGAGACUGGAUCGGACUGUACAGGCAUUUCCUCAAGUCUUCCAACUUCGACGGCUGGUUCCGCAACAGGAGGAGAGAGAUGACGCAGAAGCUGGAGGCGCUGCACCUGGAGGCGCUGUGCGAGGAGGACCUGCAGCAGAGGAUCCAGAAGCAUACGGAGGUGGAGGCGGUGGAUCUGGUCCUGAAGCUGAAGGACAAGCUGAGCCAGGCGGAGCGCGAGCAGCUCCCGGUGCGUCCCGGGACCCUGGCCAAGCUCCAGGCCCACAUCGAGGCCGUCAUCCUGGCCUUACCCGAGGACCUGCAGGGCAUCCUCCACAAGCCCUCCACUCCCUGACCUUUGACCUGUGACCUCCAGGCUCCUCCCCCCUGACUCUACACCCCCUGGACAGUGUGUUUUAAUGAGCCUGGCUCCCGGGCGGAGAGACUACACGUGCACCGUCCGGCUCCGGGAGGAAGUUUACGGGACGUCUGCGUCGGCCCGGGCCGGAGAGCACGCCGUGCAUUUUAAUGUUUGUUUUUAGGAUUUUGAAGUUUGAUUAUUUUGUGUUGAACAGAGGACGCACUGCUCAGGCUGACAGCUAGGAAGCAAGAGCAGGAUGACGACCCCGUGAUGACCUUUGGCCCCCAGUGUUGACCUCUUGAUGUUUUUUUUUUUUUUUACUUUUUAACUUUGAGCGUGGACUCGACCGUCGA